AUGCCUGCUGAAGAGGAGCAGAAGCUGGCGUCUACCAAGCGUCCCAUAUCCGCCGUCGAUGGCGCCGGUGAAAAUGGCGACGACUCGUCAUCCGACGAUGACUUCGGCCCAGCCCUCCCCUCCGCGGACGCCCCAAAGAGGAAACGCCGCAAGCUCCCGUUUGAAAAAGUCUACGUGAAUGCGCUGCCUGCGUCGCCGCGGUAUUCCAAGUCGCUCAUGCACAAGGACCAAUUAUCGUUCCUCACAGUCACCCCGCAUACGGAUUUCCUGAUCACCUCGUCGAUCGAUGGAGUCGUCAAAUUCUGGAAGAAAAUGGCCGUUGGGAUCGAGUUUGUGAAGGAGUUCAAGGCCCAUGCGACGGAGAUCAAGCAUGUGAGCGUCAGCGCAGACGGAAGAAGCUUUGCGACGACCGGAGCGGACAAAACGGUUAAGAUAUUUGACGUGAUCACCUUCGAUCUACUGGCCAUGCUCACCCUCGACUUCAACCCGCGUUGCGUGUGCUGGGUUCACCGCCGCGGCGCCUCCCUGCCGCUCCUGGCAGUGACCGACGAAGAAAGCAGCGUGAUCCAGAUCUUCGACGGCCGCGGCGAAAACCCUACGCCAUUACACAUAGUCAAGGCCAUCCACCGCAGUCCGGUGGUAGCGAUCGCCUUCAACGACGCGUACGACUGCGUGAUCUCCGCCGACGAGUCCGGGAUGAUCGAAUACUGGCGGGCGGGCGACGGGUCGUUCGAGAAACCAGACAAUGUAUUCGAGCUGAAGUCGUCGACGAACCUGUUCGAAUUCAAGAAAUCGAAAUCGACGCCGGCGUCGCUGACGAUCUCGCCGUCUGGCGAACAGUUCGCGACGAUCUCGUUCCCGGACCGGCAGAUCCGGGUCUUCGACUUCGCGUCGGGGAAGCUCUACCGCAAAUACGACGAGUCGCUGACGACGAUCAUGGAGAUGCAGCAGGCGGGCACGGCGCUGUACCAGCUGGAGGAGGUGGAGUUCGGGCGGCGGCUGGCGGUGGAGCGGGAGCUGGAGAACGCGGUCACCAAGCCAAAAGUCAACGUGCUGUUCGACGAGUCGGGCCACUUCAUCCUGUACGGGUCGCUGCACGGGGUCAAGUGCAUCAACACGUACACGAACCGGGUGGUGCGGGUGUACGGACGGGACGAGGCGUUCCGGGCGCUCAACGUGGCGCUGUACCAGGGCCAGCCGCAGAAGAAGGGGGUGGUAACGGUGUCGAUGGCGGCGAGCGCGAACCCGCUGCUGCAGGAAUCCGAAGAGCGCGACCCGAUCCUGGUGAGCACGGGCUACGGCAAGCUGCGGUUCUACCUCUUCACCAACGAGACCGACGCGCCCAAAUCCACCCGCGACAUCCACAACGAACGGCCCCGCGACGCCGCGGCCAACGACGCCGCCACCGCGCCCCAGAAAUCCGCCGAGCUCGGCACCUCCGCCAUCCUGCACACGACGAUGGGGGACAUCCACCUGCGCCUGUACCCGAGCGCGGCGCCGAAGGCGGUCGAGAACUUCACGACGCACGCCCGCUCGGGCUACUACAACAACACGAUCUUCCACCGGGUGAUCCGCAAGUUCAUGAUCCAGGGCGGCGACCCGCUGGGUGACGGCACGGGCGGCGAGUCGAUCUGGGGCGGCGAGUUCGAGGACGAGUUUUCGUCGCUCAAGCACGACAAGCCCUACACGCUGUCCAUGGCCAACGCCGGCCCCAACACGAACGGCAGCCAGUUCUUCAUCACCACCGAGAAGACCCCCUGGUUGGACGGGAAGCAUACCGUGUUUGGCCGUGCCGUGCAGGGGCUCGACGUCGUGCAUAAGAUCGAAAACACUAAGACCUACAAGGAGAAGCCCGAGCAGGAUAUCAAGAUCGUGAGUAUCACCGUGUCAUGA